UUGUUGUCAUCAUCACUCUCACCUUCAUCACCAUGGCCUUCCUGUGGAUCGUCUCCUGCCUCGCCUUCAUCAGCGCCACCUAUGGCUGUGGAGUUCCUGCCAUCACCCCUCAGGUGACCGGCUACGCCCGCAUCGUUAACGGUGAGGAGGCGGUGCCUCACUCCUGGCCCUGGCAGGUGUCUCUGCAGCAAUCCAGCGGCUUCCACUUCUGUGGUGGUUCUCUGAUCAGUGAGAACUGGGUGGUGACUGCUGCUCACUGUAACGUGAGGACGUACCACCGCGUCGUUGCUGGAGAACACAACAAAGGCUAUGGUUCCAACGAGAAUGUUCAGGUGCUCAAACCAGCCAAGGUUAUCACUCAUCCCAGGUGGAACCCCAGCACCAUCAACAAUGACAUCGCCCUCAUUAAGCUGUCCACUCCCGCUCGCCUGGGCUCCAGCGUGUCUCCCGUCUGUCUCGCCGAGUCCUCCGAUGUCUUCGCCGCCGGCACCAACUGCGUGACCUCUGGUUGGGGUCUGAUGCGCUACAACGCUCCCAGCACUCCCAACAACCUCCAGCAGGCGGCGCUGCCUCUUCUGUCCAACGAUCAGUGUAAGAGACACUGGGGCAGCAACAUCUCUGACGUCAUGAUCUGUGCCGGAGGAGCCGGAGCCACAUCCUGCAUGGGCGACUCUGGCGGUCCCCUUGUGUGUGAGAAGGACAACGCCUGGACUCUGGUCGGUAUCGUGUCCUGGGGAAGCAGCCGCUGCUCCACCUCCACGCCCGCCGUCUACGCCCGCGUCACUGAGCUCCGCAGCUGGGUCGACCAGACUCUCGCCGCCAACUGAAGAUCCACCACUGACCUUCAGUCGACCUCUGACCUCUGACCUCUGAGUCCUGAAUCUGUGAACCGUCAGAUUGUGAACAACAAUAAAAACGUUUAAUCGUCA